AUGGUCGUGGCAGUAUGGAUCCAGGCCAGACAGUCUUCGCAAACCCAGGGCCGGAAGCGUGCGGGGUCCUUGAUGGCGCCCACAGACGCAAACCAGACCAAAAAGACCAAGAAAGUCGGCAAUGCUGCGGAGAAGCCUCCGACGGCCCCUGCAACAAAGACUCGUCCUUAUAAGCCCGCUGUGAUCGAGUCUGAUUCUGCCGAGUCAGAAGCCCCGUCGGACGCUGAUGAUGUUGAAGGCGAUGAGGACAUCGAAGACCAUGAGGCGAAUGCAGUUGAAUCUGACGAUGAGCGACUUAUGCGGUUGCCGGCGGGUUCACUAGCUGCAGCACUAGAGUCCGAAGCUCCUUUAUUCCAUGGCGCUGAAUAUCCCAGCGACGACGACUAUGAUCCGGUUCUGCAUGCGCCACCCAAGAUGCAUCGCAAGUCUAGUGCAUCCUCUUUCAAUUCGAGCAUCGUCAGCGUACCCGAUGUCGACGAUCCUAACGAUGAGGUUCCAUCUGCCAUGACCCAUCACCCUUCGGUGCAUUCCCUUGGCUCAGGCGGCCACGCUGGUCAAACCCUUGACUACAAGUCUGUGAAACCCGCGAAGUUGAAGCAUAUACCUAAGGCCCCCAACGCGAUCGACCUUUUCAACACAGAUGAUCACGUUACGGACAGGGCUGGUGGCAAGUCCAAGCCUCAGCCUCGCAAGGAUUUGGAAAAAAACCCAGAACUGUCUAGUCAAACAGCAUUCACGUAUCGGGGGAAACCAGCUAAGAAACUGAAGUCCAAGUAUGAGCGCGCACAUGAGGCCGAGGCGCCUGUCUGGGAUGAACCCUCUGACCUCGACAUCGAGCACGAUGUGGAGCAAAGGAAAUCCUCUUCGAAGAAAAGCGUGAUACGCGCUCAACGGGCUCAAGACUACCAUACAGAUUCCGAUGAGUCAGACAGUGCACGCGUCAUGACUGCGUUGACCUUCAAUAGUCGCGGUAAGCUAAAUCUCACAGCCCAGACGGUGGAGAUCCAGGCUAUCGCACGGGGAGGAAUCGACCGAAUACACAUUCAAAUCAUCACCGAACAUUCUUACCCUGAUAUUGGUAAGCGGAAUCAAGUCGCUCUCAAAGCAUGCAUAAGAGCAGCCGAGGAUCUUGGGCCCCACUACAAGCCAAUCUUGGUUCGACUGCGGGAUGAGACGCAGGUGGUCUUCCGUAAGGCAGUUGCCGACAUUGCUGACGGCCGAAUCAGCGGCAUAAGGCGUGAUGUCAAGGGGAUCGCCUCUGGCCAUUGCGUCGGCCACUAUGGACUGAAACAAGAUAGCAAGACCUACAUCGAGAACUUGUUGGAUGCUCAACGUUACGUCUUUGCUGGUGAUCAUAAGUCGACCCCGAGCCGUGUCAACUACAAGCUUCCCUGGCGUCAAGAUGCUGUCGUAGCAAUCAUGCGGCAGGCAUUCUUCACGGGCAAGAACAACUUUGCGCUCACUCACCCGUCAUUGUUUGUUUCGAGCUUCAAGGACCGCGAGGACGAGCGUGAAGUACCUGAGGGGAUGGUGGCAUUGGUCUGUACUGCGAUCCACGCAUGCAUCGACGAGUGGCGCACAGGCACGCAUGUGCCUGAAGACUUCUCCAGCAACAAUUGGGCCGAGACUUAUGAUAUACAUAAGUCGAUGUUGAGAAGUGUACGUGAAUCGGGGCCGCGGUUUUAUCACGAGACCAUGCACUAUCUCUAUGACCAGGCGAUGACAUCAACCCGUAAUGGCAUAGCUAUAGAUGCGCAGCAGCCGAAUGCGUUGUCGCUGAUGGAUCUGUCGGGCUUAGAUUGA